GUUACAGCAGCUGAAGCAGCUGGGAGUUAUUUUUAAUACGUUAAAAAACAAACGUAAAGACAAACAUGACGCGGGUCCGUACAGAUCCUCCGGUGAAAUCCAAAGUGAUCUGAAAAGACGUUAUUGACACCCACCCAAGUUUUUAGCUCUGUGCGGUAAAUAACAUCUUUUUUUCAAAUUAAUUUGGGAUCUCGGAGCUUCCAGAGACUCCAGAGAGUUUUAUGGAGCCAUUUUAUGUUUGUUUUCACUUUUGUUUUAUGUUUUAAAACAAAUCCCCGACCACGUCAGCGUUUCAGGAGAAUGCUGCACCACUGUUCUGCUGUGAAGCUCCAGAAAUGUUUUGUGGAUUAUCAAACUUCACCUCCUUUAAGAAUCUCCCUCCGUUACUGUGUUUAGAUGGAGCGAGCUGUGUCGAGGCCCUUACGUACCACCAUGAGAAGAUGAUAUUUAAUAUUUCAGCUCACUCGAAAGUCCUGACUGCCUCAUGAGAAGCACAGAAGGAGAUUAGCGUCUGCACAGAUUUAUUUGAAAUGCAAAAACAAAACAUUUCAGACGUCUGAAGGCAAAUAAAGAGGCAGGAAUGUGUUUUAACUGAGAGCAAAUUACAGCCACAUCAUUCCCUGUUUUUAAAAUUGUGCAUUACAAAUAUCCAACAUGAGUUAAUUUUAUUAGGGAAAGCAGUUUUCCAUUUUAAUAUUUAAUGUUCAUUAAAAUUAAGCAGCCUGUGGCACUAAUCUCCCUCCAUGUGAAGUUAUUCUGUGUUGUUUUUUUGUUUUUUUUAAAAAAAGAGGCAAAACUACACAAAUAGAUCAAUCAUGGUGUUGUUUUCUCAUGAGGGCGGAGCUAUAAAGGGUCAUUCUGUAGAUUUAAGGGGAGAAUUUAAAGAUUUCUCUGUUGUCACGACUGAACAAACUGAAUAAACAAACUGACCUUAAAGGCCAAACACAGUUUCACACUGUUUUGCUUGUUGUGUACAGGUGGCGGACCCUGCCACCUUUUCCUCACACAGUGUUCUGGGACAGCUUGUUUAUUCACUCAUGGAAUAAAUAAAUAUAAAUAUGGGGUUUGUGUAAUUGUCUCGUUUGUAUUGCGAACAGAUUGAAUUGUCUUCUUCAAGGCUGUGCAGCGUUGAAGAAGACAAUUCAAUCUGUUUGCAAUAGAAAUGAGAUGUGCCCCUUUAAAUGUGGGGUAUGCUCAGUUGGUCGUCCGGACCGGAUGCCCUCUCUUUACCCCCCGACUCCCCCCGGUGGAGAGUGCGCAGUGCCGGGCAGCAGCAGCAGCCGUCGACGCAUCAUCAUCGCACGUAUUUUACGCACAGUGGAUGAACGGAGGCAGAGCCCCGGUGGAAGAUGAUGCUCACACCGGCUCAGGAGGGCUUUCUGUCGGGCUUCAUCCAUCAGGUCGCGGUGGUUCGGUCGCCGGUACUGGUGUAAAAUGCACUGGAUCGGACCGGGUGUGCUGGUCCGGCCUAGCUGAGCUCGGCUGCUGCGCUGCUCGCCGUCGCCUCUCCCAUUUCUCUUCUAGGACUUUUUUUUCCUUUUUUUUCUUGUAUCUUUAUUAUUUCCAGGUCAGAAUCUCAGUUUCCUGUGCGGCUUGUUUGUACUAAAAAUGGCCGGAGAUGGCGGCGCUCUGAAGGAUAUCAAUGAGAUUAAAUCCCAGUUCCGGACCAGAGAGGGCUUCUACAAGCUGCUCACCCUCUCGGACUCGCAGCAGCGGGGCGGGCUGCCGCGGGGUCCGUCCGCCGGAGCCACGCUGGGCCCAGGGGCCGGACCCGGUCCGAUACCCGGCGGAGGGGUCGGGCUGCUGCAGGGGCCCGGAGCUGCCGCCGCCGCCGCCGCUGCAGCCGCCGCCGCCUCCUCCUCCUCCAAUGCCGCAGCCAACUCCUCUCCGGCGGGCUUCCUGCCGCCGGUCCGGGUCUCCAUGGUCAAACUGCAGCCCGAAGACCCGAGCGAGGAGUCGGAGCGGGUCUGCUUCAACAUCGGCCGGGAGCUGUAUUUCUACACGUACACCAACAUCAAGAAGGCUGUAGACCUCAGCAAGCCGAUAGACAAGAGAAUCUACAAAGGGACUCAGCCGACGUGUCACGACUUCAACCAGUACUCCGCCACAGCCGAGAGUGUCGCUCUCAUCGUGGGUUUCUCCGCCGGACAGGUCCAGUAUCUCGACCCCAUCAAGAAGGAAACCAGUAAACUCUUCAACGAGGAGAGGUUGAUAGACAAAUCCAAGGUGACGUGCCUAAAAUGGCUUCCCAAGUCGGAGAACCUGUUCCUGGCCUCCCACGCCAGCGGACACCUCUACCUCUACAACGUGGACCACCCUUGUGGCACCACGGCCCCACAGUACUCUCUCCUGCGGCAGGGUGAAGGCUUCGCCGUCUACGCCUGCAAAACCAAGACCCCCCGCAACCCCUUGUUACGAUGGGCCGUGGGUGAGGGCGGCCUCAACGAGUUUGCGUUUUCACCGGAUGGUGUGCAUGUCGCAUGUGUGGGCCAGGACGGCUGCCUGCGUGUCUUCCACUUUGACUCGAUGGAGCUGCAGGGGGUGAUGAAGAGCUACUUUGGUGGACUGCUGUGCGUGUCAUGGAGCCCUGAUGGGAAAUAUCUCGCCACGGGUGGAGAGGAUGAUCUGGUUACUGUCUGGUCAUUUGCAGAAAGCCGCGUGGUUGCGAGAGGUCACGGCCACAAGUCCUGGGUCAAUGUGGUGGCAUUCGACCCCUUCACGACUUCCCUGGAAGAUGAAGAGCCUAUGGAGCUGAGCGGCAGCGAGGAGGACCUCCACCAGGGGGCACCAAAUAACUCCAUGCAUUUCGGCCGGGUCCGAACAAGCAGCACGUUGUCGCGUCUCUCUCGCCACAGCUCCAAAGGUGGCGGCUCGGCAGCAGUCACAUACCGGUUCGGCUCAGUGGGGCAGGACACUCAGUUCUGUCUGUGGGACCUGACGGAUGACGUGUUGUACCCGCGCCUGCCGCUGUCCCGUGCCUUUACUAACACUUUUGGACCCUCGCUGUCCAACUCUGGCAGUGGCGGGGUCAACAGCACUUCAGUUGGGGGAGGAAGUGGAGGGGUUGAGGGGCACCAUCACCCGCCUAACACUAACACCGGCACCUCCAACCCGCCAACGCUUCCCUUACCGCUUCCUCGCUCCCUCUCUCGCUCCAACUCUCUGCCCCACCCCGCUGUGGCAAACGCCUCCAAGGGCCCGGGUGCCUCGGAGGGCGGCGGGGGAGGAACAGGAGGGGGAGGGAGCAGCAACGCAGGAAACAGCACCCCUUUCAGCAUCGGUCGCUUUGCCACGUUGUCACUCCAGGAGCGCAAGUCGGACAAGUCCGGUUGUAGCAGCGGGGUGGAGAAGGAGCACAAGAGGUACCACAGCCUGGGCAACAUCAGCAAGAGCAACGACAAGAUCAACGUAGCGCCAAGGAGCAACCGGCUGGACGCCGCCAAGGUCCUGGGCACCACGCUGUGCCCGCGCAUGCACGAGGUGCCGCUGCUGGAGCCGCUGGUGUGCAAGAAGAUUGCCCACGAGAGGCUGACGGUGCUGGUGUUCAUGGACGACUGCAUCAUCACGGCCUGCCAGGAGGGUCUCAUCUGCACCUGGGCACGGCCGGGGAAGGUGAACUUGACAGCACAGAACGGGAACUCUCCGAGUGGCACAGUGGUAUAGCUGGAGGAGAAGCUUUGCACUCAUCCCUCCCUCCAUCUCCUCCUUGUCUUCCCUCUGUCACCGUUUCUACUGAUCUUCAAACGUCACAUUAGGGGCCGAUAACCAGAGACCGUACCCCAUCUACCACUGCAGUAUUAAACCCUCAGUAUUACUCUCUGUACUUGCCAUGAUCCAAACCCUAUUCCUUAAUGAUUUCACUCCCACAGCUGCCAGUCUGGUGGGAAACACUUCCUGAAUCUUUGACAGUAUGAAACUAACACAAAGUCUUCAGACAGACUUAGCUGGUGGAUCACAAGUGCUUGCUUCCAUAUCAGGCAGUGAGCCUGUCGCUCAGCACAGGCUGGGUUCUUGUUUCCAAUAUACAUGAUGUGGCCAAAAGUAUGUGGACAUUUAUCUGGACUUGUUUUGUUUAGGUGAGACCAGUUUGUUCCUGUGAAGAGAAGUUUUAAUACCACAGCAUACGUAACAUAUUUUAGAUAGUAGCAUUCUUCAACUCAGCCUUUCCUGUUUCAAGAUAGCGAUGCCACCGUGCACAAAGGCUCGUAAAGAAAUGGUUGUCCCAGUUCGGGUGGAGGAACUUAACACCGACUGAGAGUUUUAACUGGUCGCAAGCGGCGCUGCGUAACGUGGUGCGCCAUUUUCAGCCCAGCACGCUGAAUCUAUUGUCCUGUUAUCACCUUUCCAAACUAGCAGAGGACUUCUUUGGUUCUGGAAUAACAACAAUGAUGUUAAUGUGUACACACACCUUUGGCCUGUUAUGUAUUUAAACUUGAGCUUUGGUUCUGAGAUGCUACUAUUUUAGUGUUUUGUUAAAAUUCAAAAUUUCAUGACUCAGUUGUUCGUUCUCAGUCUUCAGAUCAACUGAUUUUACUGUUACUAUGCUAUUUUUUGCACAUCAAGUACAAAGAUGAAGUCGUAACAUGAGUAAGAAAUCUGAAACGCUCAGUGUCUGAUCCCUGAUGUUUUCACCACGCUGUCUUCAGGGAGAGUUUCCCACCUUCUGCCACUGUGGGAAUGAAAGUUUCCUCCCAGUUCUUCGGCCCUCUGCCUUCACGUUACUCGUCUGUGAUUCUCUGCAGAAAGACUGCGUCGAACAGAUCGUUUAUCCCUUCAUUCUGCAGCCCUGAGGGAGCGAACAGCAGGCCACACUUCAUUCGUCCUUCACCCGAUCCCUGCUCCUCUUUCCCCUUCAUGCAAAAGACACUGCAAAAGCCACGGCCAUUGUAUUUAAGUUAUUUAUUUUAUCACAAGACUGUGUAGUUAUUUAUAAUGUAAAUACUGAAAAUACUCUAUAAAUACAAAAAGGACAAACAUGUAUGGAAAUAAUGACUUGACAGCAAGGAAGUGAAGAAAAAACAGGAAAGAUGAAGAAUAUUAAUAUAUGAAGAUCCUUCUAUUGUACAUAGCAACCACAGUUAAAAAAUGAAUGUCUGCUGUUUUAGGGAACUUGAAGAUGUCAAUGUGUUUUUAUUUUGUGUGAUAGAGUUUCUCCAGUUUGUCCCCAAGAGCGAGCUGCGUUUAAUCUUGCAAACGCAAACAUUUUGGGUCCAGUGUGACUUUUUAGAGAGACCGACCCGAGUCGAGCACAGAGAGCAAAUAUUCAGAGCGGCUGCUCGGCUGAAAACCUCAGCCGACUGUCCGGAAAUGAAACGGUUCUGAAUCAUCCGAAUCCUCCCGAACAUCAUACGUGGACAAACAGCGUCUUAAUGAAUAACUUGCUCGUGAACAAACACACACUCUUGCACAUUCCGAACGUACAACUGCUCUCUCUUAUACACACACACACACACACACACACACGAUGGUGUAGCAUCAUAUUUACUGUGUCUUGGACUCCAUUCCUGUUGCACCUGAAUUGCCUCUUGCAAGAAUUUGCACAUAAUGAACCCACAGUCCAUCCUGAGCUGCCGUGAGAGACGAGAGGUGUUUUUGUCUUGUUUCAUCUGAACUCACAGCUUGAGCUGCAACUAACGGUUAUUAUUCAUGAUUAAUCGAUGAGCUGUUUGGGCUUUAAAAUGUCUGAAACUGCAACAAAAUAAAUGCCAAUCAGUGUUUCCACAAGUCCAA